AUGGCUCUUUGGGAACAAGGUGGUGGGAACGGAUUUCAACAACGAAAAGCUGGAGGUGAAGGUGAUCCAAAUAACGGUCAACGCUCGGCAAUUAAAGGUGUAUUAACAUGUACGAUUAGAACGAUUCUCAAUGCAAAACAUUCCGAAGCUGAAAAUUGUUUUAUUUAUAAGUAUUUCAAAUUCAAUACAGUUAUGAUUAUGGGUUUAAUUCGAGAUGUGAAUCAUGAAGUCAAUGGAAGUUUAGCGAUGUAUAAUCUCGACGAUCAUUCUGGUGGUGUAAUUGAAAUCAAAUGGUGGCAUGAUGAUUCGGGUGAACCGUUGAAACCGUUGACAUACGUUAAAGUUGUUGGCCAAGUGAAAAUUUUUUCCGGUAGAGCACAUGUUGUCGCACAUCAUGUCAGUCGAUUACAAUCAUUAAAUGAAUUAGUGGCUCAUUCAAUUGAAUGUGUUCAUGCUAGUAUGGCUAUUCGAAAACAAGCAUCAACUAUCAAUGGAACGAACACAAAUCGUAAUGGUUUUACGCUGAUUCAAAAUGCUGUGAUUAAUUUUUUGAAAACUGCAACGACUUCCGAAGGUUUUAGUGUAACAGAAAUAAGUACACAACUGAAACAAUUUAACGAGAAUCAAACAAACAUAAAAAGAGGAAUGGAUCUCGAUCCAAUGAUAUCGAGUACACAAGAGGAUUUUUCGUAUUCGGACUACGAUGAUCGUCCGAUUCGACCAAUGAAUCAAGAAGCAUUGAAUGAGACUUUAGCACGGUUACCUAUUCUUAUCGAUGACGAUGAUUAUAACAAUCGAACCAAUGGAAGUUCAGAUUCUAACACCAGUAUCAAAACUCGAUUAACAAAUCGUCGUCAACCAAAUCUAGCCUAUUCAACAAGACGAAAAAAUCCUCCGACAGCAAUCUCCGGUGUGAAUACGAUGACUAAUAAUCAAUCGUUGUUACAUGUGAAUACAACAAUUGGAACACCGAAAAGUAAUAAACGAAAAUUAGGUGGUUGUACACCAGCAAUAACGCCAUCCGCAAAUAAAGUUAUCAAACAACUGGAUUGUCGAUUGGAAAUAAAUCAACUGAAAGAAGAAAAUAAAAUCUUAGAAGAGGCGAAAGCCAACUUACAACUGGAAUGUAUUUUACUAAAAAAUACACAUGAAACAGAAUUAGAAAAUGUCAAACAAGAACAUCAACAGGCAAUUGAGACACUUGUUCAAGAACAUAGAUUACAACGGGAACAGUUUGAUGCAACACUUGCGGAUAAAGAACAGUCGAUUAUAAAGAUUAAUCUUGAACUUGAUAAUCUUCGAAAUGAUCAUACUUUGUUGUUGUUGGAGAAAGAAACAUUAGAUCAAAUUGUAGCGGAGUAUCGAGUGUAUAAGGAGGAGAUGACGAAAAAAGUGAAUGACAAUGAACUGAUGAUUCAGAAUCUUCGAGAAGAAGUGGAGAAAUUGAUGAAGAUUCAAGAACAACAGAAACAACAGAAACAAUCAACAACGAAGUCUUCAGCAGGAAAUGGUCGUGCGUUACUAAAAGGAACCUCCACAGAUCGGCCGAGGACAACUGGUAGUACUGUUCCAAAUAACACAAAAACUGAACCAGUUCGAUCCAAAGCCAAUACGAAAGGUCCAACUACGCGCGGAACAAAAAAGGAUGAGUUGAUCACAACGCCAUCAUUGAUAUCAAAUAACACAAAUUUGAAUAAAUCAAACUCGUCAUCUUGUUCAUCAGCCUCAAUAAUAAAACCACAGUUAACAAAAACGAAAAUUAAACCAAAUAUAACUGUCGAUGAUAAGAAGAAAUCAGUUCCUUCAAUGGUAUCUUUUGAUAAACGUAUAAGUCUUAUAUCGACACGUACCAGAUCAAAAAAUGUUCCUUCGAAAUCUUAA